UUUUAAGUAAAUAUAACUAUAAAAACUAUAUGUGCACACACCGGCUUUAAUCGAUAGUUGUUAUUAUAUCGAUAGCUUUAAUUAUGCAUUUGUAACAUCUCUGUUAUGUUUGCCGGCCAUCUGUAAAAAUAUCAACAAAACGCAUUUAAAUAAUUUUGAGGAUUAUCUAUUGUUUAUCUCAGAGAUAUGUUCGGCACAGUAAAUAAUUAUCUUUCCGGAGUAUUGCGUGCUGCUGAGGAUUAUGAUGGCGACAAUUUGGGCACACUUUUAUCGCUUCGCGAUGUUCACGUUCAGAAUCACAACUUGUACAUCGCCCAGCCCGAGAAGUUGGUGGAGCGCAUGUUGAAGUCACCAUUGGACGAAGUAGUGGGCUCACAUCUGAAGGUGCUCUAUUAUCUGGCCCAAGAGCCACCCAACUACAUGGAUGCAUACAAUCACCAAGCUGCCAGCUGUUCAGCUGUAGUGAAGCUAUUGCAGCAGCUAAAGGACGAGAACUGGUGUCUCCCUCUCAUGUACCGCGUGUGUCUCGAUCUGCGCUACUUGGCACAGGCAUGUGAAAAACAUUGUCGAGGCUUUACUCCGGGGCACAUACUGGAGAAAGCCGCUGACUGCAUGAUGGCUUGUUUUCGCGUUUGCGCAGCUGAUGGACGAGCUUCGGAGGAGGAAACCAAACGACUAGGCAUGAUGAAUCUGGUGAAUCAACUUUUCAAGAUCUAUUUCCGAAUAAAUAAGUUGCAUCUGUGCAAGCCGCUUAUCCGUGCAAUCGAUAACUGCGCGUUCAAGGAGAGCUUUCCUCUGCCGGAGCAAAUAACAUACAAAUAUUUUGUAGGACGGCGCGCCAUGUUUGAUUCGAACUAUCGGAUGGCUGUGGACGAUCUAUCAUAUGCAUUCACCAACUGCCCAGACCGCUUCACGAGCAACAAACGAUUAAUUCUCAUAUAUCUGGUGCCGGUCAAAAUGUUGCUUGGAUACCUGCCACGCAAAUCUCUGCUGGAACGAUAUGAUUUGUUACUCUUUCACGAUUUGGCGGUCGCCCUGAAAGCCGGCAAUGUAAAGAAAUUCGAUGAGAUCGUCCAUGAGCAGGAGCUGGUGCUGAUUCGUAGUGGGAUCUACUUGCUUGUGGAGAAGCUGAAAUUUAUUGUCUAUCGUAAUCUAUUUAAAAAAGUGUUCGCCAUAAGGCGGACACAUCAAUUGGAUAUGGGUGAUUUUCUAUCGGCACUACAGUUUGUAGGCGUAACUGAUGUUUCCUUGGAUGAGACGCAUUGCAUAAUUGCAAAUCUUAUUUACGAAGGAAAGAUUAAAGGCUACAUAUCGCAUGCCCAUAACAAAUUGGUCGUUUCCAAGCAAAAUCCGUUCCCGCCAUUAAUUUUAACAUAGACUUAUAAGACUUCAAUAAAAGGAUCUGAAGAUAUUUAAUAAUAUUUGUAUGAAUAAAAGUUCCUUGUUAUUAAC